AUGGGUGUGGGUGAUGACUUCGUUUCCACAGAGCUUGGAUUUGCCCCGGUCCAUUUGAAUCAUAAGACCGCGUUGGGUGAACCGUGGCUGGUGGAGUCAACAACUUUGCGAGAGGAGACUUCGGGUUUGGCCUUUCGAUAUGAGAAAGAAUUGCACAAGAAAUGUCAGGACAACAGCCUGGAAAAGUGGGGCAAUCUGGUCUAUGGGAUGCAGGUGGACGGCAACUGGGUCCAAGUCGGUGAUCAUUAUUUGCCCAUCCGGGUGAGUAAGAAGGGUGUGAGUUUGAAGGUCUUGUGGCGGCAGGACAUUGCGAUCCUCCCUUGGCAAUCUUCUGACCAUCGCAAAGUGCGGCUUUGCCUAUUGGCUCCUUCAGGAGAUUACUCAGUCUCAGGCACAUUUACAGGCUGGGGGACGUCGGCCGAGAACUGCGAAGAUCGUCUUCCACUGAAGGAUCUUCAAAUACCUGACAUUUUGUCGAAAGAGUUGAAGGGUAGGCAGGUGUACUACAUACAGCUUCCUGUUGCAGAGUUGCAAGAUGCUCAAUUCAAGUUCCGGCUUCAUGAGAAAGGCUGGUUUACCGACUCUUUGCGCUGGGAAUGGGAAAUGAACAAUCGCAAAGUUGAGUCUGGUGCUUGCUUCGCCACGGUUUCAAACAUCUUUGUGUCGUGGGGCAGCCCAGAAGCAACUGACGAUGACAUGGUUGAUUUCCUGAAGGUGGCCUUGUUCGGCCAAGUGCAGAAGGCAUUGUUUGGCCAAGUGCAGAAGGGCUUUGACAAUGCCGUGCGCGUGGUGGAAGAGGUCGAGCACAGCGUGCUUCACGUCACCUGUGUGGAUCCAUCAGGCCGACAGAUGACCCAGCGCAUGCAGUUCCAAAGCAGCAUCACAAAGGCGCUUGAAUACAUGUUCUUCCGCCCUGAGAUUUGGCAGCUUUCUCCUGGGCUGUACGUUUGGGUGGCGAUGCAAGAACAGAAAAGGACUGGCAUGCUCCGCUCUUUGACGUUCUUGGAGAAACUCAUUGGAAUCUUUGCUGAUUGGCCGGUUCAGCUCACACAGCACCCAAAGCUGGCAGAUCAUGUGCAUGAAACUGCUCAAAAAGCGUUGUUGGCAUCAUGUGCUGGUCGGGUUUCCUCCAAAGAGUGGCUGCAGGCAGCCAUACAGAUUCUCCUACGCUGCAAGGAUCCAGAAAAAGCCAGGCGAUCCUGGUGGCCCCUUGUUGUGGAGAUGGCUGGACGGCUUGAUCCAGACACUGAAUCGCCCGACUGGGGAGCCAUCCAGUUACAUCCCCAGUUACAUCCUGUCCACUUUCCACACUUCACACUGGACCUAGCUCUCCGUGUUGCUCUUCAACCUCCUGCUAGUGCUCUUGAGGUCUGGUCUUCUGCCACGAGAUUCCUGGAACACUUUCAGCAUCUUCGUGAUCAGCAAGUUGACAGCGUUGCUGUUUGCCUGGCUUUGGAUGAAGCUUUGGUGAGGCACAGCAGAAGCACUUCGAUGAGUUGGACGGCUGUUGCAGUGGAACUUCAAGAAUUCCUGGGGAAACUGGCCGAAGGUAGCUUCACUGAGCAACUGCAAUACAGUCUGAAAGCUAUCCUUGUCCAGAACUGGGACAGAUGCAGUGGCCGUCUGAACGAAAUUCCAGCAUGUGGUCAGAUCACCCAGAGUCUGGUACUUGUGGCUAAGGCAAUUACCGAUGAUCCUCGCAGAGUGUACUUCGUGCCCUUUGAAAGAGGAGCUGCAUACCACUGGUUGCGCUUGGCUGCCGUCAUAGGAAGUGAACACCAUGCACAGGAUGAGCAAUGGAUUGAAGGUGUUGCACACUUUGCAGCAUACCUGUGCGAGCAGAGGAUUUCAUCAAUGUUCACGAAGAACGCCAUAGAGACCUUGUUUCUGCUGCGUGGCUCGCAAGCGUUGCAGAAGGCGCUCUUCGCCCGACUCUGGAAAUACCAUCGAUCUGCAAACCGCAUCAACGACAUCUAUAGGUUGCUGGGAUUGCCUUCCACAGAUUAUUUUCAGGAUGAAGCUACCUUGGCGUUCUGCGUUUCCAUGCUGCAGUGCUACUUGCAAUCGCUUGCAGCUGGAGACUGCUGGUGGGAGCACUGGCAACGAUGGUUGCGGCGGGCUGAUGAGCACGAGCAGAGUUGGUAUGUGGAAGUGGUUCUGCGCUACACUUUGCUGUGUGCCUGUGAGGUGUCUCCUGGUGGCUUCUGCUUUUCCAGCACUUUUCCUGAAUUGAGUCGCCUUCAAUCCACAUGGGGAGUGCCAUUCAUCAGAGAGGAACGCGAAGGAGAGCUGAAGGUGAAGUUGAUUCUGCGACGCCCAGAGCUGUGGCAAACUUGCCUUGACAUUGCGAAGCGUCGCCCCUGUGCAGUCCCACUCCUGAAGCCCCUGAAGGCGUCAUUGAGUUCUUUGGUGCAGAAAAUCUGCCAGGAAAUUUUGACUGUCCAAGAGGUACUUGAAGCUGGGAAUAACCUCACAGCAUGGGAGAAUCCAAGCUUCAUAGAGUUGCUCAACCUGCACUCCGCAUCUGAAGUUCAAUCUCAGCUACGAGACAUGAUCAGCAAAGUUCGCUUCAUGCAGAAGUUUGAGGUGGCCGUGAAGCACAGCUUGUUGCAGCUGUUUCCUCGGCUGGUGCAGGCUGCCAAAGAGUUUGCGACCUUUUUGCAUGAAUUCUUCAUGAAAGCCAAUUGUGAUGCACACAAACCCGUAGCCAGUCAGAUAGCAGAGCUUUCGAUUCAGCUGACCCAGCUCAAUGUGGAUGCAUGGAAGGAAGAUUUGGAAGAGGAGAAGCUGCAGUUGAGUAUUGCGGGUGUCUCAGCACCUAGCUUUGUCUCCAUUCUGGCUGCCAUUGAGACUCUUCAUUUGGCUCGUUCUGAGAAGUACCGACCACUUCGUUCAAUGUUUCAAGAGGCAGAGGAGAAGUUGAAGAGAAGCGAAAAGAAGAUGCGACCGCAACAGCUUGGCAUUUUGGAUAUGGUCUUCUUCCUUUACAAGGAACUCAUGUGCAACUUGGAGGCCCUUUCUGAGCUUGGAAGCGAAGAUUCUGGCUUGCCAGCGCAAGUUCUAUGUUCCAUUGAAAAACAUUGGAAUGAAGUUCCACCACAGCAGGUGCCACAAAUUCUCGAAGAAGUUCAGUCUGUGACUUCCGUGUUGGGCACAAACCUUUCAAGGCUAGGCAAUCGCUUGGAGGCCGUACUUCGAAGCAGGCAGACCGUGGAGUUUUGGAGGAGCUGCAGCCGAAUUGUCACCAAAUUGUCCAGUGCUGUUCCCAACAAAAGUAUUCCAAACGGCUUCAAAGAAGAUGAGACGAAACGGCAAGAAGCUUCUGUGGCAGCAAUGCGCAGUGCCUUUGAGGGAGCUGCGCAGUCUGACAUCGGUCGAAGUUGUCUCCUUUCCAUGGAAGAUUUGGACCGAGUUGGCCAAGUCACUGAGGAAACCCGCGAACAUUUUGCCUUUUUGGGAAGGGGUGGCUUUGACUCAGUGCUUCGCCUUGUAAGCGCAAUGGCGGAAGUUCCAGGUCUCUCAUUUCUGAAAGUUCUCCUGGACACUGCGCAGAAAGGAGAGCAUUUGGCAACCAGAUUGGCAGACAUCAUGGAGGGUAGCCUCACUCCAGAGACUUUGGAGAGUGUAGAGAGGGCCUCUUUCAUUUUCAUGCCGCUCUGUGCAGCUGUAUUGUCAGCCUUGAAUUGCUCGAUGGAUGCGAACAAAUUCCGCCUGAUGGUUGAGGGCUGGUGGUCUGAAGGGAUCCGAAGUUCCGCACUGCAGGCCAAAUCCAUCACCGACAUCGGGGGUUUGUUGCUGAAAAUGCUGCAACAGCUGUAUUCCAAAGAAGGUCACAAGUUGAAUGAAUUCUUUGAAGGCUUGAAGUCUGCCCUAAGGUUGGGCCAGGUUGUUCAGCAAAAGCUGGAAGAAAAUUCUGAUGAUGCGACAGCUGUGAGUAAUACAGUGCAUGGCAUGGUGAGUGCUGGACAUUUGGAACUCGUCCCCAAUUCUGAGGGCACUCAAUUUGAGGUGACUGGAGUCUUCGAAUUCAACAAAGGCCAUGAGAUACGGGAUAUGCAGCAACUUACAGAGUGCUCCGACAAAGCCAGUUUGGCUGUGCCCAAGGGCAAUGAUGACAAUCCAACAGCUCUGACGCAGGAGAAAGUGCAGGUGUUCACAGGGUGCAUUGAAGGCAUCAUUGGCUUGCGACAGGAGCUUUCAGAACUGCUUCAGAUUGGACAUCCAUAUCUUGAGGACUUGGCCGACUUGCGAUUUCCUCAGGAAGGAGAGGGCUUAUCUGUCCUGACUGUGCAGGAACUCAAAGAGAUGCUGAAAUCAGCGCGGGAUGCGGUUCAACAAUGGUGCAAUGCUUUGGACGAAACCCGAGCAGAGCACCCUAUCAUGAGUUGUGUUCCUGCUCGAAACAUCACCAAACUCAGCCGUGCAAUGUUGGAGAAUCCGCUUUCAGAUGUUCAAGCCUUGCUGUCGCUUCAGUUGAACGGUACCAAUGGUACCAAAGGUACCCUUGCAGGCCCCACUCCAGAGCAGCUUUCGCUCUUGGCCGAUGCUUUCCAGCAGUGCAAGUUCAUCCUGGCUCAGAAGGAAGCCAUGACUACCUUGCCACCUUUGCAUGAAUUGGCCAAGAACUACCGCCAAGCUCGGCCGGAUGAUGCAACCACUACCAGCAGAAUGCAGUUUCGUAUCCCUCCCAAAUUUCACCUGAAACGAGUUGUAUUGGUGAAGGAGGAGCAGUCGCACGAGUCUGGAUCGUCACCCUUGCAGAGUACUGCCUCAACCACCCUUCUGUCAAUUUUCCUGUCAUUGGGAGUGGGGCCCAGCCCUGAGAAUGUCCUCUUGUGUGAUUCAAGCACUACGAAGGAUGAUAUACUGAGGUUUCUGCAUCGAGUGACGCACGCAGCACACAUGGCCGGGGAAGGAAAUCAAUCGGAGAUUCAUGGGGUCUUUGUGCAUGUGGAUUGCUUGCACAUUGGCAUCUUGCAGGUUCUUGUGUCUAGGGUUGAGGCAAUGCAUGCAGCUGUCGGCAAGCGCAAGGAAAGCUGUGGUGCCGUGGGGAUUGAAGUGCGCUUAGUGUUCACGGUGACAAGCAAGGCGCCUCUCGCCCUCAUUGAGAACCUGGAGAAAGAUCUCUGCAUGCAGCAGCCUGUGAAGAUCUUGAAGUUAUCCAGCAUCAAAUCAUUCCUAGGCUCCAAGGACACUCGGGAGGCUUUGGGAAGUCAUUGCGUUGUGUCUUCUGACUUUGCUGGUGAUGGAAAAACCCAUGCCAUUCACAGGGCUCCAGGUUGGCAUCAGAAUUCCUCCGUGACGAGCCUUUGGGGCGGAGCCCAAGCGCGUGGCCAGGCCGCCAGGCUCUUGCGAAAGGGCGGCGACGUUCGAUGCCUUCAUCUGGAACUCCAUGGCUUUGAAGAGGGUCUGAUGGGAACGGCUGGGGCCUAUUACCCAUGUGGUGGCGUUGAUGCCGACAUGUUGCUCUUGGAGUUGCUACUGUUCCGCUGUGUAUUUGAUCCCGAGCGCUCAGAAUGGACACGGCUGCCAGCUCGCACCAAGAUCUUCGUGGAGGUGGCGAACUCCAUCAAGAUCUCCCAUGGAGCUGGAGCUGCUGGAGCUGCUGGAGCUGCUGGAGCUUCGACUCAGCUGAUGUUUUUGUCCGCUCCCAUUUUGCAGGCGAUGCCGGAGCAACUCAAAGUAGAUCCGCACUUCCCAUUUGCUUUUGAUCCUGUAGAUUUUCAUCCUGAAGUAGCUGCGAACACUGCCUGUGACUUUGCCAUUGCUGGUGCAGCCUUGCUCUUGAGGCAAAGGUUGCAGAGAUUGGUGGGAUGGCAAGACGAUGCCGUCUUCAAAUUCCUCCCAGAUGGCUCUAUCGUUGCCGGAGAUCACGUGCGGUUGCUGCAGGAGUUGUCAGGGGAGGUGAAUGAAGCUGCCCAGAGAGCUCUGCAAGACGCCUGGCUUCGGGGCAUUGGUGUUGAAGCGGACAGGGAGCCUCCGGUGUUGUCCAAAGCCACGGUGAUGGCUUUCCUCACUUUCUUGGCAAAUUGGACCAGGAAUUGGGCCUUUCACGCCUUCCACUUCGAGCAGCAGCUGGAGGGAGUUUCCGGUCUCGACAUACAUGGUACCUUUGUUCCAGUGCUGAAGGCGAUGAUCGGAAUGGCUGCGGCAAUGUGUUUGCGAUCUUCAGCUGCCGAAGCUCAAGAGCAGCAACAGGCCCACAAGACGUUUAGGACGAGUGAGGAUCAGCGAGCCUCUUCACCUGCUUCCUUGUCUGAAGCUAUGGCUGCUAGAGUGGUAGAUGGCCGCACCAGUGCGUCCACAGUUUGGGCCUUCAACACUGGCGGCUCUUUGCGGUUUAUUGGGAACAGCAGUGAGGUUCCAGCUGCCUUGAAACAUUUGUGGAAGACUGUGAGGGAUCAAACCCGGCAGGCUUUUCCAGAGCCGCUUACCAACUUGGGCAUAGCAAGCCAAGAGAACUUGCGGUCUUUGCUACUGGAGGUGAUGUCCGGACAUGGAUUGACACCAGAAGAACUCAAGGAGACCUUUAAAGGCUUCGUCUUGACCCGAGACAACAUGAUCAAGCUGGUAGAUGUGGCUGAACGAUUGCGAGCCAAGUUGCUGUGCAUUCUCAUGGGUGAGGUAUUGCUACGCUUGACCACUCGCUUGCUGGGUGCUGAAACCUUGGACGAACAGCAGGUGCAUGCUGGGACUACCGAGAAACAGAUCCUUGACGCCGUGGAUGCCGCGGAGGAGCGUGCCAGGGUGCGGCAGGCAGGUUUGAAAGAUGGCAGUGCGGAGCAGAUGGUGGUGCAAUUCUGGGAUGAAAUCAACACCUGUCCACAUCAGCCACUCUUCAAGCAGAUCCUGGUUGAUCGCAUCAAUCCUCGGACUGGCCAAGCAAUUCACAGUUCCUUGCGCUUUGUUGCGGCCUGCAACCCUUGGCGCCUCGCAAGCCAAGGUUCAGUCUUGUCCGUGGGAUUUGAAAGCCCAGUAUGCAAAGAUGAUCGCUUGGCAGGCUUGGCAUAUCGAGUGCACCCGCUUCCAGAAAGUCUUUUUGUACACCUGUCAUCAUUUGGUCAGCUCACAUCAGAGGCAGAAGUGGAGUAUGUGAAGGAAAUGGCAAGUCAACCACCUCGGCUCUUGGAUCCUGAUGAUCAGCCACUGACAGCACCACCUGUAUCUGUUGAGAUGCGCAGUCACGUGGCCUCAAUUUGCCUCGUGCUGCACAACUUUUUCCGUGCCUUGGGGUCCUGUGUGUCCUUGCGAGACCCAACUCGUUUGUUGAGGAUUUGGGGCUUCAUCCGCUGGGAAAUGGAACAGCGAGACUCCAUCAUGCAUUUCGAUGGAAGACAAAUGUCUCCGCAGGCAGAGCUUGUCUCCAUGGUACUGGCUAUCCAUUUAGCCUAUGAGUUGAGACUUUCUGAGUUCAAGCUGCGUCAACAGCUUUUGCAAAGUCUCUUUGAGCCGUCCAGUGAGCUGAGCAAACUCUUCCAGAAGCAUUUCCCGGGUGAGUGCAAAGAUGGACCGGAAGGGAUUGAGAUUUGGAGAAGGAUUGUGAUGGAGGAGCAGAACUAUUGGCUCAACGCCAUUGAUGUGCCGGACAAUGUGGCCAAGGUCCGUGCCUUGAGAGAAAACAUCUAUGCUGAGUUGAUAUGCUCAUUGACUCGCACACCGAUUCUCGUUCUUGGAAAACCCGGAUGCUCCAAGUCGUUGACCGUAUCUCUGCUCAUUACUGCCAUGACCAAUCCACAUGCCAAACAGUUGUUGCACUUGGCCAGCUUCAUCGUCCAGCCGCACCAGGGAAAUCGUCAGUCCACGUCCAGUUCCUUGCUGCAGGUUUUUGACCGAGCUCGUGCGCGACAGAUCAAGCUCCGGGAGCUGAAGAAUCGGAAGACCCGGCCCUUGGCGUUGGUGCUGUUGGAUGAGGUGGGUUUGGCGGAGCAAAGUCCACACAAUCCGCUGAAAGUGCUUCAUGCGCGCUUGGAGCCGCGUCGCUUGGAAGACGCCGUGUCCGUGAUCGCCAUCUCUAACUGGGAACUCGACCGUUCCAAACUGAGUCGCGCCCUGGUGUUGGCGUGUCCCCCACCAUCGCAUGCGGACUUGCGGGAGACUGCAUUGGCCAUCAUUCGGGCAUACUUGGACCAUGAGACUCACAUCCGCAACCAGUUGAUGGCCAGUUUAGAACCCAUGGCCAAAGCCUUCAUGGAGAUUUUGAAAAAUCAAAGGCCUGCAGACUUCCAUGGUCUCCGUGACUGGUAUGGUCUAUGCUCUUUUGCUGCACGUUUGUUGUUGGCGGCAGAUGUGCAGAUGGGUUUGAGCUCAGAGGAAGUGCAGCAAGGAGCCUUGAUGGGCGGAGUUUCUCGUUCUCUCAGUGAAGAAGCAACUCGAUUGGUGAAACUGUGCCACGAGAAGCAGCUGAAAUUCGUGCCGGCAGUUUGGGCGUUGCAGCUUGCGGUGCUCAACAAUGUCAGUGGACAUGAUGAUUCGGAAUCAUUGGACAAGAUGGUUGAAAGUCUGAGCAAGCCGCAGACUGGAAGUGAGGGAAUGGAUGGGGUUCCUUUGUUGUCAGACAUCUACCCCGAGGUCCUGCGAGCUUCCAAGCGGUUGGACAGUUUGCUUGGAGAUGUGGAUGGUCGCCAUAUUAUGGUCAUCACAGACUCACCGGGGCCGGUCAUUGCGUGGAUUCAGCACCGAGCUCCUUUGAUCGGCAACUGGAAUCCUGAGAGCCUGGUUGGCAGUCCACUGGAGCAUGACAAGGUCAGCACAGACAUUUAUGCGCAGUCAAUGAUUCAGGCGGCCAUUGUGAGCAUGGCUCAGGAAAGACGACUCCUGAUUCUUCACAACGUGGACCCCAUCUAUGCUGCCUUGUAUGAUGUCUUCAAUUCCAACUACAGCCGUGCAAGUGGCCCGAACAGUCAACGGUAUUGCCGUAUCGCCCGCGAGGGCUUUUGCAAUCCUCGCUGCGCUGUCGCGGACCAAUUCAAGACCGUCUUGGUGGUGACGAGGAAGCGGGCAGCCCAGUACGAAGCGGCUUUGUUGAACCGCUUCGCCAAGCUGGAGGUGGAGCAAUCCGAUUUGCUUCCAGAGCCAGAAGAAGUUUGGGACUUUGAAGACCAGGUGAAGCGGAUGUGUCCAGCAUUUCACGGCAGAUACGGUGAACAAGCUACCGAUGUGGUGGCAGCUUGUCCGAUGGAUUCGGCACAACCAGGUUUGAAGACGCUUUUGGAAACUAUCACAUUGUCAGCCCUCAUGCGCACUGAGAGUGACUCGGGAAGCCUGUCAAAGGAAGCUUUGCUUUGUCCAUUGAUGUCUUUGGAGUUUUCGCCACAUGAUAUCAAAGAUUCUUUGGUGUGGCUCAGCCCCAACUCAAAGUCCUGCUUUGGCGCUCUCCUUUGGGACAUCUACAGCAGUCCAAGGGUUGGGCAGAGCCAUGUCGUUUUUCCGUUGCUUGUCCCGACGUUCAGCGCCCCAAAUCAAACUCUUGACAUCAGGGCGGUGCCUGAAGUUGAAGACAGUUUGAAGGUUUUCUCUGAGAUACGGAUGGACAACAUUGUCUCACAAGCUACUCUCCGUGACUGCAUGAAGGACCACACUGAGAAAGUGACCAAGCAGCUUCAGAAUGCAAAUGGGAGACUUCUUUCAGCACUAAGCGUGCACAUCAGCAUGAAGCAGGAGAAUGCACAGGACCUGGUGGAUUAUUUGCGUUUCCAGCUUGAAUGGUAUGCUCAGGAGCUGGUUGGAGUGUUGCAACACACCAAGGCACCAGCUGUGCAUGUUCUUGCUUUGGUUGUCCAUGGCAUCCGAGGCAGUUGCGGCCCUGAUCGCAGCAUUCGGCCAUUUCUUCUUGCUGGCCCACUGAUGCCACAGCCACUGAGCAGAGAUGCAGCUUCAGUGCAGCUGCACGAAUGGACCGGCGUUGCAGUGGAUCAUUUUUCUCACAUUUUGCCUUGGGAAAUGCCUUCAACCGAACUCUUGCAUGGCAACAUCAAAGGCAUUUUUGGCUUGGAACAGGAAGGAGGAAUGGAGCGUUUUCGUUUCAUCUUGGCAGAUGCUUUGCCACAUGUCGUUCCUGGCUUUGGGCUUGAGCAAAAUGCAGAUAGCUUCACUAUCAUUCAAACCUUGAUGCAAGAGAUUCACAACAAAGACGAGCUGGUGAAGUGCAUUCAGGCUGUUCUGGCUGAUCAGCUGUCUCUGGACCAGGCGAAUUGGCGAUCCGAGGUGGCCAAGAAUGUGAAGCUUCUGAGACGCACGGGACCUUUUCAGCUCGCCCUGCUUUCACAUUUGAGGCAAGACGAGAAGAUUUUGCCCGUUCUUGAGGCAGUGUGGAACCAAAGUUUGCACAGCAGCUGUCCAUUUUUCGCGGACGCCACUGAUCUGCAGAAGGCCCACUGGAGACCGGUGGCUGAAUCGCUUCUGGGAAGCCGCUUGGAUCAGAUGGCAAUGCUGUGCCAACUUCAUGAUGUGCCAGCUUUGACGAUGCCAGGAAGUCCGGCUGUGAUGCAAAUCAUAUUCCCUCAGCUUCAAGGAUUCCAGGGUUUCCAACAGAGCGAUCAUGAUUUCAGUCCGGUACUACUGAACCAUUCAACUCAGCUAGCUGCAGUGCUCCGGCGUUGCUUACCAGAUGCACUUUGGCAGGUGCUGAAGGCAGCUGGCGAGGCUAUGUCUCAUGGUGAAGUGGGUUCGUUUGGCGAAGAUGUGAUCACCGAAGUGGCAACGCGAGCGUGCCGCAUUGUGCAAGAGUGGCCUGGGAGUGCCAUUUUCACAUCUGUCCGGUCCCAUCUUCAAAGUCUCAUUGGUGCCUUGCUUCGCAGCAUGCCCGGCAUGCCCAGCACCCAACAAACCGACCUUCCAGCUGGUGACAUCGCAACAGAGCUGCCUGAUAGCAAUGCAUCCACAGCUCUUUUGCCCGCGGUGGCUGCCAUUUUGUUACUCCCAGUGUCAGAGCAGGUCUGUGAUUUGCAGUUGCGAUUUCCGACGACCAGGGCAGCCAGGGCCUGGCAGAACUUCUUGCCAGCCCAGCCACUCCUCAAUGGAACUUGGCAGAACAUCAGACAGCAUGCCAUUCAAGGAGCUUUCCAGCUUCAUGCCGCAGAACUAGAAGAGUCCUUGUGCACUGCCCCGAGCCAGAACUUUCAGGACGCCCAAACUCCCAACCAACCAGCUUUGCGAAGUGGGGUACUGACAUUACAUUCUGGGAAUGAGGCGCCCAGAACAACCCAGCGAUGUUGUCGCAAAGAAACUCGAUCUUUUUUGAAGAUAGUAAUACUUGCAGUCUUGGCGAAACUGUUGAACCCUAAGGAGCUUGCGAUAGCCUUUCUUCCUGCAGGAACCUUCCCUUGA